UGCUGUAGCCCUCCCUGUUAAAAAGCCACAACGCACACACUGUGGUGGGGAACAAAAGGUGUUUUAGGAUCCAAUGACCGGCACAGACUGAUACCUCCUCCUCCUGCUCUCUGCUAAAAUGUCAAAGAGACCAUCCUAUGCUCCUCCACCUCCCCCUGCCCCAACAACUCAAAUGCCCAACACUACCGGGUUUGUGGGGUACAACCCAUACAGCCAUCUGGCCUACAACAACUACAGACUGGGAGGGAGCCAAAGCAGCAACAGUCGGGUAACGAAUUCCUCUGGAAUAAAUAUCCCAAAGCCACCCAAGCCACCCGAUAAGCCACUGAUGCCAUAUAUGAGAUAUAGUCGAAAGGUUUGGGAUCAAGUAAAAGCCUCCAAUCCUGAUCUGAAGCUAUGGGAAAUUGGGAAGAUAAUCGGUGGCAUGUGGAGGGACCUCACUGAUGAGGAGAAACAGGAUUAUUUGAAUGACUACGAAGCAGAGAAGAUUGAGUAUAAUGAGAGCAUGAAGGCCUAUCACAACUCACCAGCCUACCUGGCCUACGUCAAUGCAAAAAGCCGGGCUGAGGCAGCUCUGGAAGAGGAGAGUCGCCAGAGGCAGUCCAGACUGGACAAGGGCGAGCCUUAUAUGAGUAUCCAGCCAGCAGAGGAUCCAGAUGAUUACGACGACGGCUUUUCUAUAAAGCAUUCAGCCGCGGCUCGUUUCCAACGCAACCACCGCCUGAUCAGCGAGAUCCUCAGCGAGAGUGUCGUCCCAGAUGUGCGCUCGGUUGUUACUACCGCUCGCAUGCAGGUCCUUAAACGCCAGGUCCAGUCUCUGAUGGUGCAUCAGAGAAAAUUGGAGGCAGAGUUGCUUCAGAUUGAAGACCGCCACCAGGACAAGAAAAGAAAAUUCAUUGAAGCCACAGAGUCGUUCACAAAUGAGCUCAAAAGGCUGUGCUGCAUGAAGGUAGAAGUGGACAUGGAGAAGAUCUCUGCAGAAAUCGCUGCAGCAGAAGAGGCAGCACGCAAGCGGAUGGCAGAACGUGAGAAGGAUGCAGGAGAGCGAGGUGCGAGGGAGGCCCCCACAUGUGUCUUAGCAGAGGAAGAAAAACACAUUUGUGCGACACAUGGCAACAAGUCCCAGCCAAACUCUGUCAGCGAAAGCAGCAACAAGGAAGGCGAGGACACAGAGUCCAACAACACAGACACAACAGGGAAGCCGAAAGCCUCAGAGGAGCUCGAGGUUCACCCGGGCAGCGAGGAGGGCGUCUCUGAGGACAAGGAGAGCGUCCCAGAGGGAGCCAUGGAGGAGGGAACCAGCGACAGCAACACAGGCUCAGAAACCACUUCUGCUCAAACGGAAGACGCCACGACCAGUGAGCCGUCAGAGGGGCCGAGCAGAGCCAGAGCAGCCCACUGAGUCCUACAGCAGAAUGUCUGUGAGCUGUGAGGCUGUGAGCUGCUCUGCUGGUCUCUGAUAUGAGCCUCCGAUUACAGAUAUUGCACAGAUUCAUCUCAAAGCAUACGAGGAGCAUUCAGAUGGGCUCGAUGUGAACAAGCCUGAAGCUCACAGACACGCCCUGAAUAUAUGAAAAAUCUGCACUUGAAGCCGACAAAGCAAUGAUCCUGUCAAAAGUCAAUGGCUGCUAAAAUGUGCCACAAAAGCCCAAGUGAAAGCACUAUAUUUUCUCCACAUUGCCAUUUGGAAGAAUCCAUACAGGCCCUCUUCAGCACAUAUUGAUACAUAUCGCUCGCACUAGGUCUGGCAGAUACCAGAUCGAAUUAAGACUGGCUGUAUGAAAAAAGUCUGUCACAUGAAGCAAACAUUGCUCAGUGUUAUAUUUAACUUUGUCCUUUGUAUUGUAGUGUCAUUGUUGCUUUUAUUGUUACUUUUGCAUGUUGCAAUUUUUUUAAAAAUGAGUUGUGAAGAGUGGAGCUAGGUGACCAUCUCCUCGGCAGGAGAAUAUUUGUUUACUCUCUGUAUCAGUAUUACAGUGACAGUAUUGUCUCAGGAGUUUGUAGUCAUUAGUAGUAGUUAAUUUUGUUAUUUAUUAUCAGCAUUUUUAUUAUACUUGUGUAUUGGGUGCUCUGGGCACGGCUCAGUCCACCUCUAAGUAUAUCACACGAUCAUCAAUGCUGUACAAUGCUCGACUACCGGUGUUCUCAAGUUUGCUAGCUGUCAAUCAAAUCAAAAGCAGUACGCUUAGAACAUUUCUGUGUUAUGAUCAAUAUUGCCGUUUUCAGCAGGAAAACUUUUAAAUGUACCGUAAUUGUGUACACAGUGUAACGAGGUUUGCUUAAACAUGGAUUUUCAUGUUAUCGUAAAACAGCUUGAAGAACAGUCAUAAACAUGCAGUCUUAAAAUGAAUUUCAUUUUUGCAUAUUUAUACCAAUAAACUUUUCUACCCUGAAAAGAAA